AUUGUUGAGAACCGUGUUGUGGUGCAGUCUGUACACUUUGAAUUCAAUGAUACGGUGUUCACAAGAUGAUUUAUAAGGAUAAUGUAGAAAGGAUAGAUGCCCUCCAGACAUCAGUUGAAGAAUUCAUUGAGAAGUAUGAAAAACCAUAUAAGCCUGUGGUGGUGUUAAAUGCUGAACUUGGUUGGGCAGCACAUGAAAAGUGGACUUUAGAACGCUUAAAGCGCAAGUACAGAAAUCAAAAAUUUAAAUGUGGUGAAGACAAUGAUGGCUACUCUGUUAAAAUGAAGAUGAAGUAUUAUGCUGACUACAUGGAAACUACAAAAGAUGAUAGUCCUCUUUACAUUUUUGAUAGCAGUUAUGGGGAACACCCUAAAAGGAAGAAACUAUUAGAGGAUUAUGAAGUGCCAAAGUAUUUUAAGGAUGAUUUAUUCCAGUUUGCAGGGGAAAAGCGGAGACCUCCAUACAGAUGGUUUGUCAUGGGCCCUCCAAGGUCUGGAACUGGAGUCCAUAUUGAUCCUUUAGGAACAAGUGCAUGGAAUGCUUUAGUUCAGGGUCACAAGCGUUGGUGUUUGUUCCCUACAAAUACACCACGUGAACUUAUCAAGAUAACCAGGGAAGAAGGUGGAAACCAACAAGAUGAGGCGAUUACAUGGUUUGUCAUUGUCUACCCUCGGACACAGCAACUGACAUGGCCCCAGGAGUUUAAGCCUUUAGAAAUCCUUCAGAAGCCAGGGGAGACUGUCUUUGUGCCAGGUGGAUGGUGGCAUGUAGUACUCAAUAUGGAUCACACUAUUGCUGUUACUCAGAACUUCGCCAGUGCAACCAACUUUCCGGUUGUUUGGCAUAAAACAGUUAGGGGGCGACCUAAACUAUCCAGAAAGUGGUACAGGAUUUUGAAGCAAGAACGCCCGGAACUUGCUGUAGCAGCAGAUUUGGUUGACCUGCAGGAGUCUACUGGUAUUGCAUCAGACAGUUCAAGUGAUUCCUCCAGCUCAUCAAGUUCUAGUUCCUCGGACUCUGACUCAGAGUGUGACUCUGGUGCUGAAGGGGAUGGAAUGACACACAGAAGGAAGAAAAGAAGAACUUGCAAUAUGAUGGAAGAUGGGAGUUCUCAAUCUCGCGAUGACUGUGUGAGCAAAGAACGCAGCUCGUCUAGGUGACAAAGACUGGAAGAUAACAGCAAUGCAUCGUAAGAUAAAUUUCAAAAGCUGCAGUAGAAGAUGAAAAACAAUUGCAGUCAAAGACUCCAUUUUAAAUUCUGAAUUAUUUCAUUCUUCUGUUGCUUGUAGCUAUCUUAUUUACCUCCUUGGUAGAAAUUGUAAUUCCAGACAAAAAUAUGUCAUGGACAGCCAUUUAAGAACAUACACUGUUUAAAAAUUGAUUUUUUUUUUAGAUCAGAUUAUCUAGUGUUGGAAAGAUAUUUUUAUAAACCUAUCCCUAAAUUAAUAAUAGUGAGCUGAAGACAAUUAUUAGUCAGUGUUGGUGCAGAUAUAUUGGAUACCCUUUAUUACAAUUGAUCACUAUUUCUGUUCAAGUUCUGCUUGAACUAAAUAAAAAUGAACACUGAAUAAAUCUGUUAUCUUGAUGUUCCCAAUUUACAAAUCAUUAUUUCUUAUUUUUCACAACUGAAUUCAAAUGCCUUUCAAAAGUUUACUUAUACUGCAACUGUCAAUUGUAGCCCAGUUUGUAGCAUUCUUGUCUGAGCCACAAGAUUAUGGGUUCAAGCUAAAUUCUAGAACUUGAACACAAAAGUCAAUGCUGAUGGUGUGUUUCUUACGGAGUGCUGAGGGAGAUCUGCAGCAGAUUGGGCCUGAUGUCGUCUUUCAACAAGACAAUCUGCCUUCAGGUUGUUGCAAAUCGCAGGUUGACAACUCCCUCUGAGAGCUAAAACCGAAACGCCCAAAGAGGAGCACCUCACCCUAUAAUCUGUAAAAGGAGUGUGAAAAGUGGUGUAGCCUGCCUUUCAGCAACUUCUAGUGGUUAAAUAAAACAAAUCCCUGACACUCCCUUUAAAAGCAACAAGUAACAAUUUAUUUAUCUAACUUGAACAGUGAAUGAAUUAACCAAACUAGUAACAAACGGAAUAAAUCUCUAAGUAUUCCCAAAUAAAGCAAGAUUCUAAGUCCCACUGAUAUAAACCAAAAUAGAAUUUAGUCUGUUGAAAUUACAGCCAGAUUGCACGUCUUCCGGAAUGUUCUGUGCCUUCUCCGUCGAUUCUUCUGUCAGGAGUAUUAACUCAUUGUGCUGGGUUACUGUUAUUUAGGUGGUACUUUCUCUAAGACAUAGGCUGUGAGAGCCAGCGAUUCUCUUGAGAGCUGAGGGCCGUUAGCUCUGCUUAAUUUGUCCAAAGUAAUUGAUCAGCCGUAACAGUGCGUUGGGAUGCUUAGUGAUCAUGCAAAGCGCUGCAUAAUACAACUCUCAUAAACUGAAACAAAAUUAA